AUGGGGUGGCCGAGGGGAGUGGCCCAUACAGUGGGCGUGUCGGAGGCGCGGCGACGCGACGCGCGGCUCCGCGCAGGGGGCGUGUCAGGGCGUGGCCUGCGCGUCGAGAAGAUGGCGCUGCGUCUGCUGCGGAGGGCGGCUCGUGCACAGGCGGCGGCGGUGCUGCCGAGUUUGGAUGUCCUUCAUGUGGCCAGGCCAGUGGGCUCCAGGGCAGGCGCUGCUGAGCAUCAUGGAUACACGCCACGGAGGGCUGUGCUUUAUGUACCAGGUGACGAUGAGAAGAAGAUCCGCAAGAUCCCUAGCCUGCAGGUGGACUGCGCGGUGCUCGACUGUGAAGAUGGUGUGGCCGUGAACAGAAAGGUGGAGGCACGCUCGAGGAUCGUGAAGACCCUGAGAGCUUCAACCUGGGCCCCACGGGAGAAGUGCGUGCGAAUCAACUCGGUGUCCAGUGGCUUGGCCGAGGGUGACCUGGAGAGCUUGCUGCAGGCACGAGUCCUGCCUUCCAGCCUGAUGCUGCCCAAGGUGGAAAGCCCGGAAGAAAUUUCAUUUUCAGACAAAUUUUCCGUCUACUUGAAAGGCCGAAAACGUGAAGAGCCAAUGAAUUAUCCCUUUGUGGAAAACUGCCAUGGUUUGCUCAAUUUUCAGGCCGUCUGUGAAGAGGCCCUGAAGAUAGGCCCUCAGCACGGCCUCUUCCUGGAUGCGGUGGUCUUCGGGGGAGAAGACUUCAGAGCCAGUAUAGGGGCGACGAGCCAGUAAAGACACCCAGGACAUCCUGUUCGCGCAGGGCAGAAGAUAGUGGUGGUGGCACGCGCCUUCGGUCUGCAGUCCAUCGACCUGGUGUACAUCGACUUCAAGGACCUCGAUGGCCUGAGGCGCCAGGCUCGGGAGGGCGCGGGCCAUGGGGCUUCACGGGGUAAGCAGGUGAUACACCCUGACCAAGUUGCUGUGGUCCAGGAAGAGUUCACCCCUACCCCGGAAAGAAUUAAGUGGGCCAAAGACCUGAUGGCCGCCUUCGAGGAGCACCAAAAGCUAGGGAAGGGAGCCUUCACUUUCCAAGGAAGCAUGAUCGACAUGCCGCUGCUGAGGCAGGCCCGCAACAUCGUCACACUCGCCACAGCCGUCAAGGGAAAGUGACCUGUGUUCCUGCCGCUAGG